GCAUCUCUGCUCACAUUCACCCUAGCGAUAAUGAACAACCCAAAAGUUCAAGAACGCGCCCAAGCAGGGAUCGACAAGGUCGUCGGUCUUGAUCGUCUCCCUAAUUUUGAUGACCUUCCAGCACUCCCGUACGUCGGGGCAUUGAUCAGAGAAGUAAAGAGAUGGAAUCCUGUUACACCGCUAGGU